ACCCAGGCCUUAUCCCUCCGCCUCCCAGAAGGAAGAGAAGGCCGCAGUGCACUGAAGUGCAAGGGUUAAUCAUUAAUCUAAGGCCCCUUACCCUGUGUCCUUUGCCCCAGAGGGCAGCACCUCAGGGGUGAGAAACCAGAUUAAGAGGAUUUGGGAAGUUCGGUGGCAAUGACACGUCUCUGUAUUUCCCUUCCUUAUAGGAUCAGGUUGUAGGAAGAAGCAGCCUGGGUAUCGGGAAGGGAGGCUGGGGUCAGUACCAGCUCCCACACUGAGCAAUGAUGUGGGUCCUAAGAUAACAGACUCUGGGCUAGAGUUCCUUCCAGUGUAAAUUGAGGAUAAUAAUAGGUACUUGGCCAGGAUUAAAUGAUAAUGUACGUGUAAACACUAUAAAUGGAAAAGCUUACCACAAUUGCUCCAUAAAUCUUACCUAUAAAGUUCAAGCACCGGGCACCUGGGAUCCAGGGAGCACCCACGUCUAAAUUCUCUAGCCUAUCCCCACGGGACCUUGUCUUGAUCUAAAUACAUCAACUCCUGAUUGUAUACUUCAGGCUUGAUCCACCAUGCCCUCACCAGCUCCUGCCCAGUCCUUGUCCCAACUCCAGGUUGGCUCCUCUAUUAUUUAUCAAACAAAUCUUUAUUAAGUACUUCCACAUGCCAAGCCCUGAUUAGGCCUCAAGGAGACAAAUAAUCUGAGCCUUCAUAGAGCUCAAGGUCCAUUAGAGACUUAAUAAUUUGUUUACCCCACUGGAAUGUGAGCUCUGAUGAAUCUUGUUUUUCUUGGUUGUAACUCUAUUUACAGAAUUUAGAAUAUUACCUGGGCCAAAGUACAUUAUUGCAAAAUACGUAUUCUAUAUAAUAAAAGUGUAGCAUGCAAAUUGUCCCCUCAACAGGGAGUUCAUAGGGAGUUCGGCCAAGGGGCAGGGCCAGCCAGGGGAAGGGAGGGAGACCCCCCAACUCCGCAGCCACUAGGGACCCUGCCAGUGCAUGAAUUUCGUGCACUGGGCUUCUAGUAUGUUAAUAAACAAAGAAAUGUGUAUUAGGGGUGGGCAAACAAGGGUAGUGCCCCAGAUGACAAAUUUGCACUUUUUUGGGGCAUAGUUUUGAUUUUUGCAAAUUAGGAGUCCACCUAGUGGCCAUGGAAGGGGUGCUUUCAGAGAAAGGAUACAGGAUGCAAUCAAAGAAACUAUUAUCUCCUGUUCUUAGCCCCCAGUCCGUAAACUUCUUAGAAUUGUCCCUGUCUCUGUGUAUAUUUUCUUCUUGGGGUGAGGUGAGGGAGAAUACCCCAGAUUAUCAAGGAGUCAGGACCCCAAUCUAUACGAAGACUCUUCCUAGCUCCCACAGUUCAUGGAUUCUUGCCCUGUCUCUCACUCUGAUGCUCCCUUGACUCUGGGAGGUCCCUGAGUUUGCUACUGACCAAUCCCAUCCCUUUCUGUGGGAUUCAGGAGCCUUCACUUCCAUCCCUAGCUUCCCAUUUCCCAGUGUUAAAGUGUUUCUCAGCUUGGCUGACAGUGACCUUAGGCAAGUUGCUUGCCAUUUCUAAGCCCCAGUUCCCUAAUCUACAUAAUAGGAAGGGUAAUUCCCACCUUCUAAAAUUGUGAGGGUUAAAUAGAACAUGCCUGCAAGACGCUAACCACAGUUUGUGGCCUGUAGUAAAAGUUCAGGCGAUGGUGGUGAUUUCAACUUGUCUGCUCCUGAUGCCCCUCCUCCUCUGGUGCUGGGAGCAUAGGUCUCCCUGAGCAGCAGAUCAGGUCUGCAGGGUUCCGGGAGCAGAUUAGUUUUUGGUGUCACUUAAUCCGAGUGGCCCUUCCGCAAUCGGAGCCCUCAUGGGGCAGAGGUGGUAUAAACCUGCUUAAGGGGCCCUGGCUCACAGAGGCUGCAGAAUGGAGCCAGUGGGAGCCAAGCUGCUGCUGCUGUGGGCGAUGUGCUGCGGGCACACCAGAGCGGUUGGUUCCAGAAGCUACACCCAAGUGAUCGAGGUGACCAACGGGGGCCCCUGGGGCGACUGGGCCUGGCCCGAGACUUGUCCUGAUGGAUUUUUCACCAUCGGAUUCUCCAUCAAGGUGGAGCCCCCGCAAGGCAUUCCUGGAGACGACACGGCAAUGAAUGGGAUUCGGCUGCACUGCUCCCGUGGGCACAAAGUGGAGUCCGAGUCCGGAAGGUGGGGCGCAUGGAGCGAGCCGCUGUGGUGUCCCCAUGGCAGCUUCCUCGUGGCUUUCUCACUCCGAGUGGAGGCACCCAAGACCCUUGGGGACAACACGGGCGCCAACAACGUGCGCUUCCGCUGCUCCGACGGCAAGGAGCUGGAGGGGCCUGGCCUGGCCUGGGGAGACUUUGGAAGCUGGAGCGAGCCGUGUCCUAAAGGCAUAUGUGGUUUGCAGACCAAGAUCCAGCGGCCUAGAGGCCUCCCCGACGACACCGCGAUGAACGACGUGCGUUUUUUCUGCUGCAGCAGCUGAUCCCUUUGCGGUCGGCUCCCGGCCCCACCUCCGGCUGUCCCACCUCCCGAAUUAAAGCUUCCCCGUCAUG